CUGGUAGUGGCACUGUUUAGUUCUUUGGCAGCCGACCACGCGAGCGGUCGAGCUUUGGCAUCUUUGGCGUGUUGUGCAAUCGACCACACCGUAGGACGACAACGGUGGACGUUGGCGUUUGGUGCUCUUACCUGUCGUCGCUGCUACUACGGCCAACGUUGACGUGCGUGUGGCCAAGGAAGGGCUGCUUGGUGCUAGUUUUGUGCGAGUUUUUGUGUGUCAAAAUUAAAAGAAAAAAAAAAAACUACUUCUACCACCGUAUCAAGACCAUAGACAUUGACACCAAACCGUUAUCUCAGCUUGUGUGUGCCGUGUCGGGGACCUCGCAACCCUUCGGUGUCACGAUCGUCUAAUGCCCAGCGGGCGGUAGUCGUAUCUCCUGUCCACGGAGCUCCCACAUAGCGCGAAAGGAAAGUGGUUGUGGUGCACACGGUCCUUCGUCGCCAUCUACAUCCUGCCAUUGUGGUGGAGAAAUUUCGUUAGCCUCCCGUGGGGACGUUAUCGAGCCAAGGUGACACACGCACAUACACACAGUGAAGAGAGGUUUAUAAGACGAUCGUUCGUUGAUCGAACACGGUUUUUGGAGCAACCUGUCCUGGUGCGUUUCCUGUCGGUCUGUUCCAGUUGAUUCGGUGAAGUGCUGCGACGAUUCGUGACCGGGUGGUAACCAACCGUACACCUUAUUCCGGAGGACAGUAAAACCCCUCGAGCUCCAAAUGACUAGCAACACGAUGCAGACGGUGAUCAAAAAUCCCAGCUGGUGGCGUCGCCGAACCGCGCUAGAAAAGGUUCUUACGCUUAUCAGCGUCGUGUGCGGAGUAGCCGUAGUGGCGUUAAUCAUAUCGCUGCUCACGGUCGUCUUGACGGACAGAAUACAGGGUGAAAGUAGUCCAUCUCCAGCCCAGCCCCUUACUAGUGGCAGGCGUGGUAAGGCUCUGUCGCAGCAUCCCAACGCCUACAAUGGAGUUUCGGACAAGAACGCCGAGAACGUUUGCCUCACCCCUGGGUGUAUCCAUUCGGCUUCGAAGGCCCUGGAGCAGAUGGACCCGGAGGUAGAACCGUGCGAUGAUUUCUACAACUACGCCUGCGGUCGGUUCCUGAAAGAAACGAUCAUCCCGGACGAGAAGGUGUCGGUGAACACGUUCUCCGUCAUUGGCGAUCGUUUACAGCAGCAACUGCGAUCGCUAGUUAGCGAUGAGAUAUCCGAGACGGAAGCUACACCGUUCAAGCUUGCCAAGAACUUGUACAAGCUGUGCAUGAACAAAACUCGUAUCGAGGAGAAAGGCAUUGAACCCCUGCUGUCCAUUCUGGAUACUCUCGGUGGAUGGCCGGUCCUCAAGGGAGAUAGCUGGGACCUGGAUUCGUCCUGGUCGUGGGUGAAAUCUGUUAAAGAUUUCCGCAACAACGGAUAUAGUACGGAUUACUUCUUUGAUUUCUCGAUCGGCAGCGACCUGAAGAACUCAACUCGUCGUAUCAUUGAUACCGAUCAAGCGUCGUUGGGUAUUAGCCGCGAGUAUUUAGUAAAGGGUAUGGAAAAUCCUAUCGUAUCCGCCUACUACGAGUACAUGGUCGAUAUGGCCGUACUGCUGGGUGCAGAUGAGGCACGUGCUAAGCGAGAGCUGCUCGAUUCCCUGAACUUCGAGAUGGCGCUGGCCAACAUUUCGCUACCGAAUGAGAAGCGACGCAACGCUACCGCCCUUUACAACCCCAUGACGGUCAAGGAGUUCCAGCAGCGUUAUCCCUACACCGACUGGGUCGAAUACUUCAAUGAAAUACUGAAAGACACCGGUAUCGUGAUUGACGAGAACGAAGUUAUCAUUGUUAGCGUUCCGACGUUCAUGGAGAAGCUUGGUCCACUGCUCCAGAAUACCCCCAAGCGGGUGAUGGCCAACUACGUGAUGUGGCGCAUUAGCGGGUUCUCGUCCUUCUUCCUCACGGAAAAGCUACGCAAACGACAGUUGCAGUACAGCACGGCAAUCAGUGGAAAGCAAGAGCAGGAACCACGGUGGAAGGAGUGUGUAGAGAUCACAGCCGGCAGUCUUCCAAUUUCGGUCGGUGCGUUGUACAUCCGCAAGUACUUCCGGGAGGAUUCGAAGCGUGCCGCCCUCGAUAUGGUGAACGACAUCAAAAGUGUGUUUGUGGGCAUCCUCAAGAAGGUCGACUGGAUGGAUGAGGUAACGCGCGUAUCGGCGCUGGAGAAGGUUUCUACCAUGGCUACCCACAUUGGUUACCCGGAUGAGCUCAUGGACGAUGGCAAGAUCGCUGAUUACUACAAGAAUCUCGAGUUCCAGCGAAACAGCACCUACCUUAACACCAUUCUCUAUAUGAACAAAUUCGGCACGACAAAGGCAUUUAAGAAGCUGCGCUUGCCGGUCAACAAGACUGACUGGAUCACCCAUUCCAGACCAGCCAUUGUCAAUGCUUUCUACUCUUCGAUCGAAAACAGCAUCCAGUUCCCGGCCGGUAUUCUCCAGGGUCAGUUCUUCUCGUAUGAUCGUCCGAAGUACUUGAACUACGGUGCGAUCGGAUUCGUGAUCGGACACGAGAUCACACACGGCUUCGACGACCAGGGUAGACAGUUUGACAAGAACGGUAACCUCGUCGAUUGGUGGCAGGCGGAUACUAAGAAGGCGUACCUGGAGAAGGCCCGAUGCAUCAUCGAGCAGUACGGUAACUUCACCGAGCCGAACGUGAAGCUGAACCUGAACGGUAUCAACACGCAGGGUGAGAAUAUUGCCGACAACGGUGGCAUAAAGGAAGCGUACUAUGCGUACCGUCAGUGGGCCGACAAGAAUGGACCGGAAGCGCGCCUACCCGGGUUAGACCUUAGCCCGGAGCAACUAUUCUGGCUAUCGGCAGCGCAAACCUGGUGUUCCGUGUACCGCCCGGAAACGAUGAAGAUGCGCAUCACCACUGGCGUACAUUCGCCUGGCCAGUUCCGAGUGCUCGGUCCGAUGAGCAACAUGGAGGAGUUCGCCAAGGAUUUCAAUUGCCCGGUCGGCUCCCCGAUGAACCCGGUGCACAAGUGUGAGGUGUGGUAGAGUUGGAUGGAAUGUGCACAAAACGGUUCUCCUGUGAAAACCGCCACCGGUUCCAAGGUGCAGCAGCCGUUAGCAAACAGAGCGAACAACAAGCCCGGAAACCCCUACCGGGUUCCUUUCGAUAUUUAAUUUAUUGAAAACAUCGGAUACAUUUUACGCAGGGUACUACAUCCCAAUUCUUCAGGGGUGAUACAUGUUUUUUUAAGAGGGAUGAAAAAGAAACUGUUUUAAGCGGUUUUGUUUCGAUUUUUUGUUUUUAUAGAGUGAGACGGAGCAGUAUCUUUCAUAGUGUUUAGGGUUUUCCUAAACCCAGGAAAAAGCGUACGUUUGCAUUCGACAAAACGAAAGGAGAUGUUUACACAUUUGCGCAACUUUUUUCUUACCCUGUUUUUAAACGAAACUAACGGGAACAGCAAGGUUUUUUUCGUUAUUGUUAUGAACAAGCUUUUUGUGUUAGAAGCAGGGAACUAGGAAACUGCUGUAAUGUAGGCUUUCAUUGAAAGGCGAAAAGUCGUAGGCGGUCGUGUCCUUAAUUUUGUUCUCUUCGUUAAUUGUAAGUAGUUAUAAAUACACACAUAUAUAAACAUUUUAUAAGCCCUUGCGGGGAUAA